AUGACACAUGACAUACGAAACAAUUUUGUCAUUUCAAAGGUGUACGUCGUCCUAUCAGCGCUUGCUCUCUGCGUCGUCGCCGAGCCGCCAGUCGACCGGUCGUACCUGCCUCCCAGCUCAGAGUACAGACCUCCCUCGGCCUCCUCUCUCAGUGCUCAGUACGGCGCCCCAGCAGCAAACAGCCUCAGCUCUCAGUAUGGAGCUCCUUCAGCCAACAGCCUCAGCAUGCAGUAUGGAGCUCCAUCAGCCAAUGGCCUCAGCUCACAGUACAGUGCGCCUUCACUAACAGGCGCUGCUUUUGAUCGCUCAGGGUCUUCCAGCCAGGCUCCAGCAGCUCGCAUCUCCUCCAGCUUUGGAAGCGCCUCCUCCAGGAGGUUUGGAUCUGGCAGGAGGAUCGGCAAUGGUGUCUCUACUCGCUAUGGUGCUCCUUCGGCGGCUGGCCGUGCAGCAGGCUUUGCAGGACUCGGCCUGUCCACACAGUACGGCGCCCCUUCUUACUCUGGUGACGCGCUCUCCGCUCAGUACGGUGCGCCAUCUGCUAACGCUGGCGGCCUUUCUCCAGUGUAUGGAGUGCCCGGAUAUGGCUACGGUCGCGCUGGAGCCCAGGAGGAUCCACUUGCCGAGCCGGCCAACUACGAGUUCAGCUACUCGGUACAGGACGGCGAGACACUGAGUGACUUUGGACAGGAGGAGUCCAGGCAGGGGGAGAGCGCCCAGGGCCAGUACCGCGUGCUGUUGCCUGACGGCCGCAAGCAGAUCGUCACCUACCAGGCCGACGAGGGCGGCUACAGGCCCACUGUAGAGUACCAGGACACCGGACUCACCGCCUACUCCGCCGGCGGAUACAGCUACGGCAGGGGGCGCGCCGGAGGUCGAGCUGGAAACGGCGGAUACCACUACUGACCAACUACUGGACUGUUCUGAACACGCAGGAAACGAUUCUUCCAUCAGAAAUAGAACUUAAAAAUGUAGUGAAGCUAAGUUAGGUAUACAUGUAGUUAUUUAUGAAGAAUGGAUGUUAUUAUUCUUGUGUUUGAAUGAGAGUCUUGUGCCUCGCGCUCCACUAGACAAGUCAUUUCUCAUUUUCUAUGUGUUGCUGAAUAAAUAGAGAAAUUUA